AUGGCAGUAUGGUGGGAGCCUGGUCAGGAUGAAUUCACCGACAGGAAUGGCGAGUCCCCUUUUGUGGCGAAAGAAUUUCUGGAAGAGAGCAACUUCCAGCACCUGUACAAGGGAACUGGAGAGCCGCGGGCCGUGGACGCCCACGAGCUCGCUGCUUCCUUCACUUGUGCCGUGAAUACCUUCGUGCAGCACUACUGGACAUGCCUCAAGGACUACGAGGUCACUAUCGAGCGGCACGUCGAGGGCUCUGGUCACCUAGCUUUGGAGGCAAUGAUGCCGAAGUGGCAGGAGGACCUUGUGGAGCAUUUUGGAAUUGGCCUCGACCCAGAGGCCACCAUCAAGAUGUACACCAGCGGCACGAUGGUGGCCAUUCGCCGCGUGGUGAAGAUUUGCUCGCUGCAAGCUGAUGGACUGACAGUGUAUCCUUCCGAUGUGAAGUUGCCGGAGGGGCUGGACCUUGGACAAGUCGGAAGACCUUCCUCGAUCGAAUCCACGGACGAGGUGGGAAAGACCAAGCGCACGCUCUUCCGACCAUUUCAAUUUCCGGUGGACAUCCCUGGACUGGACUACCAUGAGUUCAUCCACACCAACUUUUCAGACUGGAGGGGGAGGAGGCCGAUCCACUUUUUCGAGCGCAAGCCCUUCCACCGAGCCCUGAACUGCGCCAUCUGCCAGGAUGCGCCGAACGUUCUGAAGGCCGUGAUGAAGAUUAUCAUGGACAUGAACUACUUCAUCAACUCGGUGCAUCAUGCUGGAGGGGUUUUCUACAGCGGAGUUGGCAUUGGAGAAUCCUUGCGGCUGGUUCGAGACGGGGCAAAGCUGCGCAUGCCGCGAUUUUUGUCGACCACCACGGAGCUGAAAUUUGCAAAGUCACGGCUAACCGACAAAGUGGGGCCUGCUCUUCUGGUGGUUCGAGUGCCACACGGCUUUUGGGGUGCAAGAGAUAUAUCAGCCUUCUCCUCUUGCCCAGAGGAGAAUGAAACGAUGUUUUGUGCAUACGCAUUGUUUGAAGUGGAGCGCGUAUCCUCAAUCAAAUUGCAAGGUCAAGAAGUGACCCGCAUCGAUCUGAAAGCUUUAGACAAGUAUGAAGGAAUCGAGUAUCCGGAUGUGUCCUAUCCACCGUUUCACCAUGCCGAAGUUGAUUUGGAUGAGCUAGACGCCCAUCAUAGCUAUGUUCGCUUCUUGACGGGGCUGCUCCGUCUCAUUCAUUGGCCUCUGGAUCGAAGCGUUGGCUGCUGUGUCACUGUUUCGUGCGUGCUUUGCAUCAUAGCCGCUGACUCCUUUGCGUACUUCGGAGGCAAGACUUGGGGCAAGACGCCGCUGAUUAUGAUCAGCCCCAAGAAAACCCAAGAGGGAGCCUUGUGCGGCCUGCUGGGCUCGGUCUUGAUGGCGCUGCUUUGUGACCAGGCUUGGGGUUUCCCCUCGGACCCCCUCGUUUCAGCGAGCGUGGGCGCUCUGGUCUUCUACGCCAGCCUCCUUGGGGAUCUCGUCGUCUCAGCCAUGAAGCGGGACGCGAAAGUCAAGGAUGCUGGGUCCCUCAUUCCUGGGCAUGGUGGCAUUCUCGACCGUUUUGACUCCUACUUCUUUGCGCCUGCAGUGGCCUACUUUUGUUGGCCAGUUGCCAUGGAUGCAUCCCAAUGGCUCGCCGAGCUCCCGAGCAAUCCGGAAGCUUAUGCGUGGUGGCCCAUCAUACUCUACAUGUUUUAUUUGAUGUCUGUCGUCUGCGACGACUACCUCCUGCCGGCGGUGGACGCCAUCAGUGCCCGCUUCCACAUCCCAGAUGAUGUGGCAGGAGCUACUCUGGUGGCCUUUGCAUGCAACGGUCCGGAACUUCUGACCAACAGCUGCUCCAUCUACUUGAACGACAGCUCUGUCGGCAUGGGUACCAUCGUCGGCUCUGCGAUCUUCAAUGUCCUGGUGAUCACGGGCUGCUGCCCACUGGUCGCGCCGAAGCGCGCGCUGAAGAUCAACCCUGCCUUUUUCUUGCGGGACGCGGGCUUUUCGGCCGUCUCCAUUUGGCUUCUGUGGUGGGCGCUCCCCGUGGUGGACUUGCUCAGAGCUUCCACGUUGCUGGCCUUCUCCGUGCUUUACGCCGUCGUGGUUGCGAAGAGCGAGCAGUGGUUUGGCGGCCAUCACUACGAUGGCACAGAAUCCUUGGCCUCUGGCCUGAUUACUUCACCUUCGAAAAUAGCCAGGCAAGUGUCUGAAUUAUCAAUGGAUGAUCUCCAGAUGCCAUUGGUGACAUCCCGAAGAACUCUGGUGGACGUUCUACUGUCACCCGGUGGUGUCUUGCUCUGGCUGACCAUCCCCAACGUAAAGCUGCAACCCAGCCGAUAUUUUGGGAGCUUCUUCGUGUCUAUGGCGUGGCUCAGCAUCACGGCCUACGUCGUUUGUCUCGGCUCUGACCGCAUCAACCUCUUUUGGGGCAUCCCGCGCAGCUUCCUGGGGCUCACCCUGGUGGCGGUGGGCACUUCUUGGCCAAAUCUGCUGGCCUCGGUGGCGACUGCCAGGCAAGGCCGGGGCGAGAUGGCGGUGAGCAACGCACUCGGGAGUAAUGUCCAGAACGUGUUCUUUGUACUUGCAUUGCCCAUCUUCGUGAGCGUCCUGGUGCGGGGCGACUACACCAGCGACAGCGCGGAGAUCUUGUCCUCGGUCUUGUGGAUGGGAGCCACACUGGCCGUGGUGGGCCUUUUGAUCAGCUUCUCAGGCUUUGUCUUGCGAGCCUGGGCGGGUGCCAUCUUCGUCGGGGUUUACUUCUUGUACCUCAUACAAGCCUCACGCGAGUUGCUGGCAUAG